GUUCCGACAUAACCAGCCUUCACACACUUCACAACACAUUCUGUCUCAGACACAUUCCUCUCCUUUACAUCUCCACCUCAAUCAGAUUAGGGUUUCUACUAGGGUUAGGGUUUCACCUUCCAAUGCAUCAAAACCCCUAAUUCCAAUCCACAUCUUACAAUGUACAACUCUAUCAACAUGUCCGACCAGAUCAAGAACAACGAAGACACUGAAAAUCACAUCCAUUACGAUUCACACACCCUCGAAGACGGUUCCGGCGACGGAGAAGGACAAAUCCAAGAUGUUUCCCUCGAAGACGUUUAUGCUUCCGGUGAUGGAAACCAUGCUGACAUGUCAAUUCAACGAUUCGAUGAUUCUAGCCAGCUCACGCUCUCGUUCCGUGGUCAAGUGUAUGUCUUCGAUUCUGUUACCCCUGAAAAGGUUCAAUCGGUUUUGUUACUGUUAGGAGGAUGUGAACUAUCUUCCGGUUCCCAAUGUUUGGACACAUCGCCCCUAAAUCAGAGAACUGGUACUGAAUUUCCAACAAGGUGUAGUCAACCACAGCGAGCAGCGUCUUUGAUUAGGUUUCGUCAGAAAAGGAAAGAGCGAAACUUUGAUAAGAAAGUUAGAUAUGAAGUGCGUCAAGAAGUUGCACUAAGGAUGCAACGUAGUAAGGGCCAAUUUACAUCAGCUAAGAAACAAGAUGGAUCUAAUAACUGGGGAUCUGAUCCAGAGUCCGGCCAAGAUGUGGUUCAAUCAGAAACUGCAUGCACACACUGUGGAAUCAGUUCAAGAUCCACCCCUAUGAUGCGAAGGGGGCCAUCUGGCCCAAGGACACUUUGCAAUGCUUGUGGGCUUUUUUGGGCAAAUAGAGGUACUUUGAGGGAUCUAUCUACUUCUAGGAGAAACCACGAACAGCACGCUCUUCCACCACCCGAGCAGAGUAAUUUGAGGGACCUUUCUAAUUCUAAGAGAAACCACGAACCCCACCCUCUCCCACCACCUGAGCAGGUCAGCGAGGUUAAUGACUUGAACUGUGAGACUGCCCUUCCUGCGCAUAAUGAUUCUGUUGAUGAUAAAACAGCUUUGACAUCCGAUCAAUGAGUUUUCCAGUCCCAGAAAAUGACAGUCAUUGGCUCUGCGCUCCCGGGUUUAUUGUAAUUCCACUCGAUUCGACUGAUAGAAUGUACAGCUCUUGAGAGGCUCUCAUCAACACACAAGGUCGAUUUAAGAUAUGCUCUCGGAUUAGUUGUACUAGCUGUUAAUUAAUGAAUGUAUAAAGUGGAAUUUGAAUGAUGAAGAUUUGGUUUCAUGGGUGGACGCUAGUUUUAGUUUUGAUAUUUGAAUUUUGUAAAAAUGUGCCCAACAGUAUGCAAUAGUUCCGAUGGAAUAUUUUUCCUCUUCCCAUUUAAAGAAGGCUGGUUAGCCAUGUGCCAAAAGGGAUAUUUUUGGUCUGUUAUAUUUUGAUAA